GAGGUACAGGCAGAAGGCAAUGAAGAAUCUGCAAAUGAUGGGGGAGAUGCAGAACAGACAGAAACAAAUGGGAAUGCCGAAGAAGAACCUGCAGUUGUUCUUGGUGAUGAGUUCCGCACGAUAGAUGAAGCUACUCAGGAUGACACUGAAGGAAACACAGAUAGAAAGAGGAGAAGAUCCCGCUCUCUAGACAGGCAUGGUAAGAAGAUUGCCAGGAAGAUUGAAAUGGAUGAUACAGCUUGGGAAACACUCACCAUUUUUAACUUGGAUAGAUAUGAGUCAGACUUGAAUCUCCGUUUCAAUGAGCGUGGAAUCAAAGCCUACCCUUUAACAGUUGACGGGUUUGCUUACAUGUGGUCUGGCGUACGUGCAACAUAUGGUGUCAAAUCAGGCAAAGUUGCUUAUGAAGCAAAGGUUCUCGAAAACCUGAAUGUUAAACACUUGCCGAAAGAUGAACCUAACCCUCAUGUUUUCAGGGUUGGCUGGUCUGUCAAUUCAACAUCACUGAAUCUAGGUGAAGAACCGUUAUCAUUUGGCUAUGGAGGCUCAGGAAAGGCUGCAACAGAUAACAACUUUGUUGAUUAUGGGCAGACUUUUACUCAAGGAGAUGUCAUCACAGCCUACUUGGACCUUGACAGUGACCCAGUUGUCAUCUCAUAUGCAAAGAAUGGAGAAUAUCUCGGCAAAUGUUUUGAAAUUGAGAAAGAAAAACUGGGUGACCAGGCUUUGUUUCCUCAUUUGAUGACAAAGAACACAGAAUUUGAGGUCAACUUUGGUGGAAGGGAAGGACCAUACUUUCCACUCAAGGAAGGCUACACGUUCCUGGAACAGGUACCCGCAGAGGAACGUGUACGUGGACAUCUUCCUCCUGCAUCUAAAGAGGCUUGUGAGGUUAUUAUGAUGGUGGGCUUGCCAGGUGCAGGAAAAACAUACUGGGUGGAAAGAUAUGCUGCUACAAAGCCUGAAAAACAUUACAAUGUGCUUGGCAGCAGCAAUGUGAUUAAUAAAAUGAAGGUGUUGGGCCAGCCUAGAAAGCAACACUUCACUGGUCGUUGGCGGGACUUGCUUGACAUGGCUGCUAAAUGCCUCAACAGGAUGAUUGAGAUAGCAUCUCACAAGAAACGCAACUAUAUCAUUGACCAGACAAAUGUGAAUGCAUCAGCCCGGAGACGCAAAAUGCAGCCAUUUGAAGGAUUUCAUCGAAGGGCUGUAGUGGUCUUGCCUUCAGAUGAAGUGUUCACAAAACGAGUGAAGGAAAGAACGGAGGAUGAAGGAAAGGAUAUUCCAGAAAGUGCAGUUAACGAAAUGAAAGCAAACUACACUUUGCCAGAGAAGGGUGGAUGUUAUGAAUCAGUUGAAUAUACGGAGCCAGAUGUGAGCAAAGAGGAACGUGAGAAGCUCAUUGAGAAGUAUAGAAAGGAAGGUCUUGAUGCUCUUCCCCCACGUGAGAAGCGGUUCAGGAGAGAAAGUCGAGACUUUGACUACAGGGGCCGAGGCAGAGGUCGAAGCACUUACCGUGGUAGCUUCCCCCGUGGACGUCGCAGUGGAUUUAGAAGCAGGAGUAGAGGCAGAGGAAGAAGCAGCAGAAGUCGCAGCAGAGGAUAUAGUUCUUACCGUCCACCUUACAGUGAACGCAGAGGCAGAGGAGGAUACAGAGGUGGUUACAGAGAAGACCGCUUCAGAGAUGAUAGACGGGACAGUUACAGCGGAUACAGCAGUUACAAGCCUAGAGGACGUGGUGGAAGCAGCUGGGGUCCUGUCAGUGACUGGGGCAAUGAUAGCUGGAGUGCCCCUCGUUCAUACCGCGAACCUAGAUGGGCCAGCUAUGAAGAUGACUAUCAGCAAGGCUGGGAUGACUAUGAGCAAGGAGGAGGUUACGACGAAUCAUGGGAUGGUUAUGAAGAUGAUGGUUACGAACAAGGCUGGGACGGUUAUGGUUACAAAUAA